AUGAAGAAAAGUGGUGUUCCUUUCCUCUUGGCCAUCGUCUUCCUGGUUCUGUUUGGAGUUCAAGGAACCCCAAUAAUGAGGAAUCUACGUUGUUCCUGCAUUGACACUAAGCAAGAAAUGAUCAACCUCAAAUUCUUAAAAGACCUUAAACAAUUUGCCCCAAGUCCUUCCUGUGAAAUAAUUGAAAUCAUUGCUACAAUGAAGAAUGGUAAUCAAACAUGUCUAAACCCAGAUUCAAUAUAUGUGAAGAAAUUGGUGAAAGAGUGGGAGAAACAGACCAGCCAAAAGAAAAAGCAAAAGAAAGGGAAAAAACAUCCAAAAAUGAAGAAAAUUCAAAAAGCUAAAAAAUCUCAACGUCGUCAUCAAAAGAAGACUACAUAA